ACUUGACAAAAACCCGCAAAUCAACCCUUCUGCCGAGGAUGACAUCAUCAAAUGUCAUCUUUCCGUCUACAUCUUUGUUCCUCCGUUACCAAGGAAUGGCUUGGUGCUAAUAUGGCAUUGGACGCCGCUGACGUGCCACCGCUGACGCAGUGUCCCAUUUACGCCCCGAAUGCAUCUGUCAUCUGGUUUCGCGGUGAAUUGCGUCUGUCAUCUGCUAAGAUAAAGUUAGUGACUCCCAAGCUUCGAAUUAGAAAGUUGAAGAAACACAUCAUCCACCGGCCAUCCCUCUCCUUCAUCCCUGCUCCACCUCCGUGCCAUGACUCCAUCGGCAUCUCACCACACCAAUCACCGCCUCAUCACCUCCGACAAAGCAACCUGAUCUCUGCACCACUUCCGUCAAGAUCUCACCACCAGUCACCGCCUCAUCUAGUCAUCUCCACCGCUGAACAGAAGCAACAAAGCAACCCGAUUUCCCUGCACCUUCGUCGGCAGCUCACCAUUGCUCCACUUCCGUUGACAGCUCCUGAUAAAGCUCACAUCCCCGCUACUCGUCUUCCUCUCCUUCACCGGACCAAACAGAAGCAACAAAGCAUAACAGAUCCUCUCUGGUCGGCGAGAGCAGAAGAACUGAAGAACAACCAUCUGAUGACUGCUUGCCUCCUGCUGGCCAUGGACUCCAGCAAUUCUUCUGGCACGAGCUAUCCGAGUCUGAGCGUUGGAGAGCAGAUAUGUGCAGCGUUUAUAAUUCCCAUUAUUGCGGUGUUCGAUUUUCUGAUGUUUUCUUUUGCAAACUGCUUUGAGCACCAGCCCCCUCGUUACAACAAACAUCGUUAUGGUUCUGAACUUCUGGCUCGCCUUGCCCAUCAAACUUGCUUUACCGUCAAUGAAGUUGAGGCAUUGUGUGCGCUAUUUAAGAAUUUGAGCAGUUCUAUAAUCGACGAUGGAUUGAUUCACAAGGAACAACUUCAAUUAGCAUUGUUCCACAAUCCAAAUGUUGAGAAUGUUUUUCUUGAGCGGGUUUUUGAUCUUUUUGAUGAGAAGAGAAAUGGUGUUAUUGAAUUUGAGGAAUUUGUUCAUGGCUUCAGUGUCUUCCAUCCCAAUGCCCCUAUGGAAGAAAAAAUUGAUUUUGCAUUUCGGCUUUAUGAUCUGAGACAAACUGGCUUUAUUGAGUGGGAGGAAGUUAAGCAAAUGGUAGCUGCUGUUUUGAUGGAAUUUGAAAUUGAAUUAUCGGAUGACCUCCUUGAUGCUAUUGUUGACAAGACGUUUGCCGAUGUAGAUGCAGAUGGGGAUAGAAGAAUCAAUAAAGAAGAAUGGAAGGCUUUUGUGGUCCGCAAUCCAAGCGUCUUGAAGAAUAUGACUCUUCCUCAUUUGAUGCAAUAAGUAGUCUCUCUUGUCUAGUUGUCUACCUUCGUAAUCAUACUCGGACAUGCCAAAGUUACUGAUUUUUUAUGGCACAUAAGAGUUGGAGGAAGCCAUCACCAACGAUUUGAAUCUCUAAUGAAAAGAGAGGAUGAACUCUAGAAUUUGGAGAUUUCUAAUUUUUAUGGUUAAAGAGAGCCGCUUAUACUUCAAUCCAGCCUAUUUUGUUUUUAUUUAUUUUAAUGUAUUUUUUUAAUCAAUCCAGACAGCAUAU